UAAACAAACAAGGCAACACCAAACUUCUUUGUUCUAACUCAUCAAUUAAGACUCCGUUAAUCAUCAUUGAAACAAAAAAUAUCUUUAUUUUAAUUUCCAACAAAAUUUCACUUUUGCUUUUCUCCUCGAAAAGCUGACCCCAAUUCUCUCUCCUCUCUCUAAAAACUUCAUAUAAUUGUCUCUCUUCAAACUCAAGAUAAAGCUUGACCGAGCCAUUCGAUCGAAAGAGCAGGUGCCUAAAUUUUUUGGAAUAAAGAGUUAUGUUGAUCUUGCUGUGAUGAAAUAGACGGACUUUAGUUCUAUUGAAGAAAAUAAAGCAGUUUCCAGCAAUGGGUGUGCGUUAUCUAGCUGUAUCAGCGGUAUGUACAAUGGUCAGCGUGAUAGGUCUACAGUGCUGGGCUGAGAUAUCUGUUGAGAAAUUCAAGGCGGAUGGACUCAUUGGCAAGGAUACUCUUUACUCUGAGAAUGCUAGUCUUAUCAUUGAGCUGCUGUUGCGUUCUCAUGCGAUGAUCACAUUGCUGGCAAUAUGUGUUAUAAAUACAUUCGUGCUAUUUAUUUUGAGCCUGAAGACUAUUUUUUUUGGGGAGCUAUAUGCCACUGAAACUCGAAAGUUGUUGGAACGGCUAGCUAACUAUGUGAUUUACAAGGGAACAUUUCUUCCACUUAUCAUUCCACCAGCAAUAUUUCAAGCCACCUUGUGGCUGACUUGGUUGACUGUUCUUUGUUUUCUAAAGAUGUUUCAAGCAUUGGCAAGAGAUCGUCUUGAACGUUUGAAUGCAUCUCCUUCUGCCACCCCUGGGACAUAUUUUCGAGUAUAUUCAGCACUGUUGUUAGUUUUGGCCUUUGACUUUAUAUGGAUAUGGUUUUGUGUGGCUGUAUCUGGACCUCUGGUUUCAUCCACAUAUUGGUUGUUAUUCUUUGAGCCACUCAGCAUAGCCUUUGAGACUCUGCAGGCUAUUGUGGUGCAUGGGUUUCAGUUGAUGGAUAUCUGGCUCCAUCAUUCUGCCGCAGAGACCACUGAUUGCCAAAGAUCCAAGUUUUUCGAUUCAACAGCAGGUUCUUUGUGGGAAUGGAAAAGCAAUCUUGUUCGAAAUAUGGGAUUUUUCCUCGAUAUGAUGACACUAUUGAUGGCACUUGGUCAUUAUGUGCUUAUUUGGUGGCUCCAUGGCAUGACAUUCCAUCUCGUUGAUGCAAUCCUUUUCCUUAACAUUCGUGCUUUACUAAGUGCUGUUGUGAAGCGUAUUAAAGGAUUUAUCAAAUUGAAAAUAGCUUUAGGCACACUUCAUGAGGCACUUCCUGAUGCUGCACCAGAGGAGAUACAAGCAUAUGAUGAUGAAUGUGCCAUCUGUAGGGAACCGAUGGCAAAGGCUAAAAAGCUUCCUUGCAACCACCUUUAUCAUCUUGCAUGCUUGAGAUCUUGGUUGGAUCAAGGUCUUAGUGAGAACUAUUCAUGCCCUACCUGCCGGAAACCCCUUUUUGUUGGUAGAUCUGAAAGUGACGCAACCACUCAUACUAGAGCUGUUUCAAGUGACGAGCAGCUUGCUCGUCAACUAAGUUCAGGGCUUGAUCGGGCAAAUGCUGGAGUUGGAGCUGUGGGAGUAUUCCCUGACCAAAACCAAAAUGCCCCAGGAGAUAACGCUUGGAGAGGAGCAGAUUCUAGUUGGUUGCAGCCUUGGCCUGGCCAGGGUCUUGAUGGAGCUGGUCCGUCAACUGCCAUUAGGUCUGCUGGAUUAGGGCGGGUUCAAUUGAUGAUGAGGCACCUUGCUUCUGUUGGGGAAACUUAUGCCCAGACUGCUCUUGAAGAUUCUUCAUGGGGCCUUUGGCCAGCAAGCUCUUCUCAGGCCCCAGCAUCCAGUACUGCAUUCCCCCCAGCCGCACACAGAUACCCUGUAACAAUUGGUGCUAUGCAUAGGAGGACUGCUUCUCAUCCUGCAAAUGACAACAUUGCUAACUUGCUUGCCAUGGCAGAAACUGUGAGGGAGGUGCUUCCUCACAUUCCUGAUGAAAUGAUUUUUCAGGAUUUGCAGCAAACAAACUCUGUUGCCGUGACUGUUAAUAACCUUCUUCAGAUGUGAUACUGGAUUUUGUAUUCUUCACAAUAAGCUUUCCAGGUCCAUAAGUGUUUUGAUGGGCAGCGAAGACAGUGUGAAUAACAAGAGCCAACAAAACUCCAGAACUUCUAACACUUUCACGAGUAUGUUGGUGGUGUUGUACUAUGUUCCCCCACAUCUUGUACAUAGUGUCACAUAUAUCACACUGUCACCUAUAUUUAUAGGUAUUAAGAAAUUUGUAUAAAACAUUCUGUAUCUUAUGUUGGUUCUUCUAUUUUCGUGCAUAGACUUAGCAACAUACUAGUUUUUGAUCUUGGUCAUUCUGCCAACAAGCUCUCGAAGCACCUGCAGAACUGUGGCAUUUCUGUAAUGUGUAUGUAAAUUCUCAUUAUAGCUGUACAUUUAUGAUUUCUGUUGAGGUUGUAACAUACAAUUGUCGUUUUCGUUGCACUUAAUAUAUUUUUUGCGUUCAAUUA